AUGUAUAAAUAUCAUUCUACUACGUUUGAGCAGGAAACUAGAUCACCGAUUACAUAUUUGCAUCUGUUAAAAGCCAUGGCUCCUUCUAGUAAAACAAAUACUCCAGAAAAGAUUCUGUCUCUUUGCGUAAAGAAUUUACCGCCAAAUAUGGAUUAUGAUAUGCUGAAAAAAAUUAUCCCAUCAGCCAAGAAACUAAUGCUGCGCAAGAAAUCAAAUUUUAUGCGAGCAUUUAUCACAUUUUCUUCAAAGGAAGGUCAUAAAGAUGCGUUACAUCGUCUGAAAGGAGUCGAAUUUGAUGGGAUUAAGAUGUCGUGCAUAAAUUCACCAGACAUUUAUCAAAGAGAGAGAGAGAGAAUACAAAACACACCAAAGCUAUUCUAAUUUUGCAUUAAUUUGUUACUCACUGAUUAACCUUGUGUUGUACUUAGAUUAAAGUAGUUUUAUCAUGUUAAUCGUUUAAAUCCAUUUGCACUCAAAAGUGAGAUCCAUUAAAGAUUGUGAACAAGUAAACAGUCUUUCGAUUAUUUGAUGUUCAC